CGUUUAGAACAACGUACAUAGUUCCACUGUUGCGCACUGAGUGUUAUAGUCACUGAUCAUAGAGUCGUGACGACUACACGUGCAUAAUGUGGGAUUUUAUUCUUACACUAUCGAGCUGUUUUUGCUCAUGCAGCUCCAAAAACAAGGUGUCCCCUGUGGAGGAUGGAGACGAGGAAGAACCAGCACCGGGAGAGGAGGAAAUGGUCCGCGGGACCACUGAAUGCCCCGUCACCCAACCUCCGAUGUCCCUCCCGAGACCAAGCCAGUCGUCGGCCGACGUGCUUGCUGAACUCCGUAAAGACGGCGUGUUGCCCCUCAACACCCGGGGCGAGUCCGUCGCUUUCCAGGUGCUGCUCGACAAGCCCGCCUCCGAGCCCGACGCGCCCGCACGCCGCCCAGUAAAGCUUGCGAAGCUGGAGGAAACUCUCCAGGAGAGGCGCGAACGGGUCAAGAAGGAGCCCGCGGGAUCACGCACUCAGCUGAGACAGCAACUCGGCGACGCCGCCAAGAGACGAGAGGAGAUGUUGGCUGAGAGGUCUCGUAGACUUGCAGAGAGGAGGGCGAGGAUCAACGCCAAAGCAGCCGCCAAGAAGGGCAAGAGCACUGCCUUUCUCAUCUCCUCUGCCAGCGACACGGACGCCAUCGUUCCCCGGGACUCGGAGAAGGCGCGGGCUUUGGAGAAACGUCUGAACAGGAGGAGAGAACGAGCCGCGAAGAGGUCCACCGCGGAAGACCUGGAGGAACAACAGGCGUUAGCAGCUGAACGCAGGAAGGAGAAUCGGGAGAAGACUGCACAGAAGUUGCAACGAUCCAGGAUGACCAGCUGGGAAAAGGCCGGGGAGUGGCUUGGCUUGAAAGACCCGUAAAAACUUGUUUUUCGGCACACACUGUUGGAUUUGAAAAACUUAAUACAAGAAAUGGACGUGUAUGUAUUUUUUGUUACAAAUAUGCACGGUUUUCUACCGUUAAUUAAGUUUGACGUUCACAAGUCAAAGCAAACCGGGAGUAUAUUUGGUUGUUCAACUCAUGGGUUGUUUUACAUGGAAGUACAAAUAUGUUAUUGCAAACAUACGUUAAAGUUGUACUUGGACGUUGUGAAGUAACUGGAAAGUUUUCAAAGUGGUUUAUGCUCGUUUUUUUACAUUCCAUAAAAGAAAUAGAAAAAAUUCGAUGCUGUAAACAUCCUACGUUAUCUGCCGUCUGAAAUAUGUUGUUUUACUGGACAAAGAUAUAAAAAGUAAAAAAAAAAUACUCGGUUCUUUUGAAUAUAUGUUGAAUUGGUCAAAUGUUUUGAAACGUGUUUACAAAAACAAGCUUCCUUUGAUUGUAAGGUAUCGGCAGGCAGACAUAGUUCUAUCAUAAUCUUCUUCAGGUGUUGAGCACUCACAUGUGAAAAUUGCAAAUAAAGUGAAACUACGGCUUCUGCAUC